CCUAGUGGCGAGACUGCUGUCCCGGAGAUGCGCGCACAUAGAUUUCUCUGACUCCCGAUAAAACGAAUGGCAAUUCCAAACAAAGGAGCCGUCGAGGAGAACUUGCCCAGGUGGUCACGUGUCUUAUCAGGUUGAAGGCUUCAUUUGACAGAACUUCGCCCGUGAUGGACAGCGAGGCUCAGCCUCUCAGAUGCGGAGGAUGACAGUCAGGGUAGGCGGGCCCUAGAAGGCCAGUCUCGGCCUUGCCCAAUCAGCAGGUGGCGCUUGCUUCCUCUGCUUCUAUCGGAGUUCCUGCUCCCUUGCGAUGCGGAUCAUCCGCGAGCAGUGCACAGAAAGAGAUCCGGAUCAGACUCUGCAAUAACAGGUUGCUGAGGGGAGAUGAAUGAGCAAUGGCGACUCUACCACAUUUUCAUACUUAAGACAACAGGAUCAGUGUCCUGACACAACAGCUGAUCUGUGGCAGCAGGUUUAAAAGAAAGGGAUGCUGCUGAUACAUGCUGCAUACAGAAAAAAGGAAGCUGGUAACUGGUGAAGGGUGGAAGGUCAAGAUCCUGUCAACUGUGCUGGAGAAGACAUGGCUCUGACUGUUGAAACAGAAUCGCGAAUAUACCACUCUCUCAGAGCUGUCUUUGGUGCUACUGCGCACCUUGCCUCGCUUGGAUUUACCAUCUUCGUAGCUGUGGUAGCUAGACCUGGAUCAAGCUUGUUCUCCUGGCAUCCUUUCUUAAUGUCUCUUGCGUUUUCUUUCCUGAUGACAGAAGCCCUUCUGACUUUCUCUCCAGAGAGCUCCCUCCUCCAGUCCUUCUCCCGGAAGGCCAAGGUCCGCUUCCAUUGGGCUUUACAGUUGCUCUCACUCACCUGUGCAGUGUUGGGCUUGGCCAUCAUCAGCUAUAACAAGUACCGCAAGGGGAAAGACCACUUUGUCACCUGGCACGGUUUGACUGGCUUGCUGACUGUGCUGUAUGCUACCAUGCAGUGCAUGGGGGGCCUUGCUCUGCUCUACCCCAAGCUGAUGAAGAACUGGACACUGAGCAAACUCAAGCUUUACCACGCCACAUCAGGGCUGAUCGGUUACAUUCUUGGCUGUGCCAGUUUGAUGCUGGGUAUGUGUUCCUUGUGGUUUACCAUAUCUGUAACUGGAGUCUCCUGGUAUCUGUCCAUGCUGUGUCCUAUCCUCACCAGCCUGGUUAUCAUGAACCAAGUGAGCAAUGCCUACCUCUAUCGCAAAAGAAUCCAGCCUUGAAAGCCAUCCUGAAAUAGACAGCUUGUGGGAUCUCUGAAGAAUUCCUGCAUUGUCAGUAAGGAGUCAGGUGGUCUUACAAGGCAGUGGGACUGAAGAAUCUCUUUUUACUUGCCUAUAGCAUCAUAUGGUAUUUUAUGUAAUUUCUGACUUUUCCCUGUUAAAAUCCUGGAGAUGCCCAUCCUGUUGAACCAGCUUCCUUUUGGUGCCAGAGUGUCCAUGUAGCAUUUUCUCUUCUCUGUCAAAAUACCUCUGGAAAUAUGGCCAGUGCUGAGUAAGUAGCCCAGUUGCACUCUGCUGGUGCCUCCCUGUGUAAGAACACCAAGUAUUGCUUAGGUCGUUCUUGAUUCAGGUAGCUGCUGAAAUCCUUCUUGCACACACACACACACACACACACACACACACACACACACACCCCUCGGCUGUUUUAAUAUACUUUCUCUUGGUAAACUGUUUGGGGUUCAGAUGUCCUGGUUUGGGUAUCAGAUUGAACCUUUUAGCACUCUGAAUAAGAGAAGGACUGAUCUCUCUCUAACACAGUUGUAAAGGCCUGAGUUUCUGUCUAAAAAAAUCUGUCCUGACUGUGCAGUGCUCUAAGCUGUAUUAGAAAUGACAAGGUAAUUUGAGCUAGGCAGGAUCUAAACAUAUUAUGUGCUUUAAAAACAAAGCUGCCUUGUAUGGAGGCUCUACAACCAGAAAGUGGCAUGGGAGGACAGAGGGCCUAACACUUCUCAUUUUUUAAUGCUCAAGAACACCAGACCACCCCUGUCUAGCAGGUUUUCUCCCCAGCAGGAUUCAAAGUGUAUGUUAGCAUGUAAGUGUAAAUUAUUAUUAUUACUGCUGCUUUAUCUGUUCAUAGCCUUGUAGCUGAAGCUCUCAGGGGGAUUUACAUAAACAGUUUAAAAACCAAACCUGAUCAACUAUAUGUGUUAGAUCGGCUAAGUAACUUCACUUCCUGAAAUAGUGAAGUGGCUCAGAUGUGGAUUAAUUAUCCAUUGGCGUUUUCCAGAGACAAUUUGAUGUGAAGACAUGAUGAUUGACAUGUAGAGCAUUUUGUACAACCUGUCUUAGAUCUAGACAAACAUUAGGAGAUACUUGCCAUUUCCUUCCACUUUUAUAAUAUUCUGAGGGCUGCAACUCCUUCACUACCCCACCUUCUCUCCUGGUGUUUUUUUUACUCUCUUAGAAGUCCUGUCAUUCCAUGUCUGCACCACUCAGUUCAAUGUGGCUUAGUACCCUGCUACUCUGGACUGCAUUGCAGGCUUGUUUACCUGUGCUUGCCUUGUGUUUGUGUGGAAGUAGGGGGAAAGGAAGAAAUUGCUACUGUGUCCUCCCUUCUGUCGCCACUCUGGCCCUCAGUAGUUACUGUGGCCUUUUCUUUGGUCAGCUGCUAUAAAACAGCCAUUUUGAGAGCAACUGCUGCCUAGAAAAUAACAGGCAAACACUGAGAACCAGGAAGAAGAGGGGCAGCACAGUGAUGGAUUCUCCUCCUCCUCUUCCCUGGUGGAAAGAUGUGAGGCAGGCAAAAGUUUCAUGGGCAUAUGGUACACUGAACUUGAGAAAGGCUUUCAAGAAUGGUAUAACCGAGUCUCUUUUCCCUUCUUUGCACUGAUAACUUCUGGGUUCCUGCUUUCAGGAUGACGCGUGCACUGUUCAUGGGAAAGCUUCACGGACAAAAGCACAAUACUAUGUAAGCUUGGGAAUUUCUCCUUGAACUUCUGGCCUAGUGGUAUAGGUUCUCAUAAUCUUUUAUCCUAUACCUGGAAUGGUAUACCACAAGACCACAUUAUUACCUGAAACUAUUCCUGAUAGAGGGAAGCUUACAGCCCAGCAAAUGUAUUUAUGCCCUCUCAAGGUGGAGAAGAAACCUGCUCAGUCCUUUCCCUUCUAGGUGUACAGAAUUUCCAUUCACUCUUGCAUUAUGGUAGAUGAAUAGUAGCUUCAUUUUAUGGCUAGGUAAGCAAAAGGGAGCUCUGAUGUCCAAAGGUUUCCCACUGAUCCAAGCACAGAGGUUAGAAUAGUAUCUGCAUGGCUAUCUUCUUUUGUAGCUCUUAGACCAAAACUCCCAGCAUUUGAUUUCUCAUGAGUCACAGUAUUUAACAGAGAUGAUCCUGUGAACAGGAACAUGGAAGCAGAGCACUGAAAUACAGAUAAGCGCUCUUCUUUUUUCAGACUUGGCACUGUUUGCCGAUACAUGACAUGUUCUGCACAAAUGUAACAUGUGUGAUCAACACUUGUGUUGAUCUACAUACAAUCUCUGUGUGGAAAUGCUUUCUACACAGGAAUGUUGAGGCACUCAGAAAAGCUUCUAGAUGGACUGAUGGUACUUAAUCUCUUGCAGUUCCAAGGCAAGUAUAAAACCCAGUUGCUUUUUUAUCAUUAGCUAACAGCUGACUUCCAGAUUCGAUUUGCUUGCAGCAUGUUUAAGUAGCUUCAACCAUAGUGCAUACAAAGGUUCCCACCAGCUGUGGGACUAAAUCAGGGAAAGGAGUCUUUGUUUUGCUGCCUGGGAAGAAGAGAGAAUAACUGCCUUAGCAAAGAAUGAGAAAAUGGGCAAAGCUGGGCCCCUUGUUUAAUGGGAUUGGAAGAAGCACCAUGGUUGCAAGGAGAUUAAGACACUGGCCCCGACAUAGAUAAAGUUAAUCAUAACUAAAGCUCUUUGAAACCUAUGAAAGAAUGUGACUAAUUGAAGUCCCAUUGUUUUCAGCUUCCAGUGGUAUGUACCUUAGAUGUCCUGUGCAGCAUCAUUUACUUCAACAUAUAGUUUGCCAUAAUGUAUUAUGUAAAAAUGCUACAUUUUAAUGGACUAGAGUACCUGGUUAUCUUUUCUAUGGAGCCCAUGGUCCCCACACCUUUUCUUGCGUCUAUGCGAUACCAGUCCUUUCAGUGACAACUGCGACAGGCAUUAUGUCAGCAGGAAUGCUUCGUUUUCACCAGUUACAUGGAUUGAUUUGGCUGAAAUAUAUAUUGCUGUUACUGAAACAUCAAGCGGUCUGCCAAAUCUGAAACUGCACCAACGAAGAUCGUUGUUUGCACUGGACUGUUUGUGAUGAGUAUAUCUGCCGGGCAGGUGUACCCAUCAAUGAGCUUGAUCAAAGAAAGGUAAUCAAGAGUGCUCUAUUAAAUAAAGCUUUUGAACACCUGUA